AUGGAAUCGCUUACCGUUACGCUCAAAAAAGGCAAAGGUAAACGCUUUUGCUAUUUCAAACUAUUUGUGACUAGAGUAAAUAAAAAGUAAGAAAGGUCAGUGUUAACAAAGAAUCGAUAAAUAUUCAGGUAUUGAUUUUUCUUCUUAUGAUAAACCCGCAACUUGUAAAAUAUGUAUGUUAUGGUUUUUGGGCAGUUUCCAGCAUCGCGAGUAGUGCAAGUCUAAAAUGAAGUAAUACCAAAGACUCAGAAAACACGCCAAAAUACUCACACCACUACAAAAAACAAACAACCAAAUAUGCUCACACUGCUGGCUAACCAACUGUAGAUUCUGCAGUUAUACAGCAAAGAAAUACCGUAUUUAUUCGAAUUAGCGCCCACCUCGAAUAAGCGCCCAUCUUGAAGGCAGAAAAAGUUAAAAAUCACCCAGCCUCAAAUGAGUGUCAUUGAAUUCUGGAUUCCAGUCGUUAGGGUGAUUAGGAUUUAUUCGUAGGUCCGGAUUUCAAAGCCCACUGUUCCGGAUUACUCAAUAAAAAUUCCUUGAUUCCGGAACUCAAAUUACCUUACCUGCAUGGAGGCGACUAGCAGAAUCUGAUUUGGACUUGGGUGCGUUUUUGUCAUCUUUAACAGAUGGUUAUGGCUUCAACGUGAAAGGGGGCCGAGAUAAGCCUUAUCAACAAGGUGAUCCUUGUGUCUACAUUACCCGGCUCAGACCUGGAGCUGCUGCGGAAAAGAAUGGCCUUUUAUCGCCUGGAGAUAGAAUUGUGGAGGUUUGUGAAAUUUUCUUUACAAAACAUCCAUUGAUUGUUNUGGUUAUGGCUUCAACGUGAAAGGGGGCCGAGAUAAGCCUUAUCAACAAGGUGAUCCUUGUGUCUACAUUACCCGGCUCAGACCUGGAGCUGCUGCGGAAAAGAAUGGCCUUUUAUCGCCUGGAGAUAGAAUUGUGGAGGUUUGUGAAAUUUUCUUUACAAAACAUCCAUUGAUUGUUUCUUGAUCAUAUUAAAAUACGAAAUGAACACUCUUUGUAGAGAAUAUGAAGAUUGUAUUAAGAAAAUUUCUGAAAAUUUAUCUACUUGGACUGUAAAUCUUCUAAGGUUUUUUAAGCGAGAUCGAGGUAAAUUGAAUGGAUGUUAAUCUUAUUUAUUGCGCAUAAAGGUCAAUUUCGUUUGAAGUAUAAUCUAAGAUGUGGCUAAUUAAGACAGAAUUUAUUGCGUUUAGUUUAAAAGAAACUCUUUUGUCAGUGUAGAGUUAAGUCAUGUCAUAAUAAGAAACAAUGUUGUUCAAUGAUUCUCUGACUUUCAUAGAUCAGUGGUGCUGACGUCCGGAAUGUCACACACGGUGAAGUGUUGGAUAUGGUGCGAAAAUCCAGAGGAGGAAAGUUGACCUUAGUGGUGCACAAAAAAGCCAUCAAGGUAUAGAAUAUUUCUUCUGUUAUCAAAGAGAAUGAAUUUGAAGCUGACGUACAUCAUUAGAAAAAUGUCACAAAUACAGAUUGCUUUUAAAACAAAGUGGGUGUUACUUUCUUAACAACUGAAAUUUUCGAACAAAGUCUUUUUGAUGUCCAGUCCUAAGGGGAGCCCGGAACUUGUUUUGUAAAACAGUGGUGACGAUGGCAAGAAAGUAAUCACUGAACUAAACAGAUUUUUGCAGCAUAUUAUGCAAUUUUACUUCUUUGCAAUCUUACUUGCAAAAGCUCAACUUAACUCAAUUUUGAAGGAUGUAGUCGAACUGUCCUUUUUAAGCAUAUGGAGAAAAAGGCCCCCUCUCCCUCCAAAAAAAAAAAGAAGAAGAAAAAACAAGCAAGGGAAAGAAAGAAAAGAAACUACUUACACGAAAAAAGGACGAAUUAGGCUUUUAACAAGCCCAGAGGUAGUGUAAACUUUUCACAGCAUACUUCUUUAUACGUUGCUGCAAUUAGUUAGCUCCCAAGCGAAUACCAAUUUUUGCAGUUCUGAAGCCUUUGUAAAUGGUCAAUCACGUUACACAUAUUAAACACCUUACUGGAAGCCAGACUAGCGCCGGGACAAGAGAAACAAAGAGCUUGCAUCAUUUAAAACAGCUAGAUUGUUAACAGCAGAAAAGAAUUAAAGUACUGCAGAAAUGAAUGGACCCUUGUUUUCAUGGCGUGAUUUGCUGCUGUUUCCUUUAGUAUUUAAAUGUCCUAAUUCCAAGAAGAGCUGUGUCACCAAAUUUUUUAAAAUGCAAACAGUGACUGAUAACAAAUUGCCUGAAACAUAAAAAUAAUGCCUUAACACAUAAAAAGAAGGUUUAAAUUUACUGUACAACAGAAGGCAUGGAUGGAUAAACGUAACGAGGAUUAAAUCGGAUUGCAAUUAUAAUGUGGAUUUUAAAAACUUCUUAGCUUAACAGUUUUCCAAAGUUCAUUGGUUUUUCCCCUAACGUUUUUGUUUGAUGUUAAUUCUUUGGGUGAGAUAUUUGUCUGAUACGAAGCUGUGAUUUUAUCAUUUACAGGUAAAUUCGUUGCUAACAUUAAGUUCCUUAGCUAUUUAAGACACAAUAAUAACCCAAAAAGCAAGACAGCCAUGUCACAGCCUCUUUAAUAACGUUAACAAUAGCGCUGAUUUUGCAGAAAAAGACAGUAAAAUCAAAAUGACCUGUAACUAAGAAGAUUAAAAAAUACGUUCGACACUAAGAACAUGUAUAGGAUUCGAUAAACACCUUAAUAUUUUCUGAUUUACUUUCUUCGAAGAUGAACGAGGAGGACAGCGCCAGCCAGGGCGUUAUGAGAAUCGACUUGCAGCGAGAAAAGAAAGGUACUGUCAUAUUAAUUUUGUUUUCCUUUCAUGCCGUUGUGAUAAUUACUCAACGGUUACUGAGGCUGUGAGAGUUUUGAUCCCAGGAGUCAGUUAAUUAGUAAGUAAACCAUGAUCAUUCGGGUGAACGUAGUCCUGAAUAAUUUUUGACAGUCACUCUCUUUUGACGUUUCGACGACCUUUGUGAUAGUUAUCUUAAGUUACGUGCAAACAGACGCAACAACUCCCAACAUCGUUGAGCCAACAUUGUUGGGAGUUGUUGCGUCCGUUUGCACGUAGAUAAGAGUUUGACGGGUUUCAAACUUUGGUGCAAACAGACGCAACAUGUAGCAUCCUACAAUGUUGCGAGUUGUUGGCCAACAGUGUCGUGUCCGUUUGCAAGCGGACGCAACAAUUGCCAACAAUGUUGGGAGUUGUUCAAUGUUGUGUCCGUUUGCUUACUCCCAACAACACGCAACAACAUGCAACGGGGGGUGCAUACGGACGCAUAGUGUGACAUUCAACGAUGUUGGCAGUCGUUGGCCAACAGUGUUGCGUCCGUUUGCACGUGGCUUUAAGUUACGUACGUGCAAGCGGACGCAACAACUGCCAACAGUGUUGGGAGUUGUUCAAUGUUGUAUCCGUUUACAUGUAGCUAAAAGUUUGACCGGUUUCAAACUUUGCGCAACAACUCCCGAGAACACGCUGCAACAUGCAACAGGGUGUGCAAACGGACGCAAAGUGUGACAUUCAACAAUUAAUGUUGGGAGUCGAUGGCCAACAAUGUUGCGUCCGUUUGCACGGACAAGUUGUAUGUCAUGAAUCACGUCAGAUGCCGGUACAAUUCUGAAGACUCUAAACCAAUGUCCUUGAUACGUUUCGAUCCGUCUUUUAUCACAGUUUAACAAGUGUUUAUUGUUAUUCAAAUCGGCCACCUUCAAGAUGACAAAAUUUGACAAAAACUGGAGCAGUUCAUUUCGUUUUUGCUUUCGUAUUUGAAUUUUUCAAUCUCGCUGGGGUUUAAGCAACAAAAGCCCUAAUUUGCACAAGAAAACAAUGAACUUAAGGAUUCUGGUUGUUGUUUUAAAAUUACAUCAUCAUGCAAUUGUCCCAUUGUCGGUUGUCCAGUCAGUCUCUCGUAGUUAGUUUUAAUUUGCUUGGGUCCGUCAGUAAGUCGUUUGUAAGAUGCCGGUAACUGUUAAAUACGAUUCAAUCAGUGGUAAAUGAGUCUAUUUCACACGAGUCCAUCAGGACGUAGCCAGACAUAACGAUGUUUAUUACGUAUAUUCUCAUCUCAUAAUUCUAUUUUCCGUUUACAGGUAGAGGACUGGGUUUUAACAUCCGGGGAGGUAAAGAUAGCCCUUAUAUCCCAGGGGAUUCAAGUAUAUAUGUCACAAGAAUCAACGGCGAUGGAGUGGCCGCACGGGACGGCAGACUGAGCGUGGGCGACAAGAUUUUAGAGGUAAUUUAUUUUUCUCUUAAAUACAAGCAAAAAAGAUCUGUUUAUAGGAGAGAAUCCUAUGCUGAUUUGAGCUUCAAAAUAAACAUUUGUCUUCUGCGGUAAUGGGAGUUGGUUCAGCCGCUAGCUAGCUGGAGAUUGAAAUACAACUUGUGAUGAAUUUGCUGACAGUUGCGUUCGUUUACCUCGGACGCUAAGAAAAUAUAUUCUUAUAAUAAAUUGUUUGAUCGAAGAAAGUGUUUAUUUAAAGACGAGUGAUGAGGUUUGUGUUUGUCUUUUCAUUUCGUCAUAAAAUUUUGCCAGGUUCCGGACUGUCCCGAGGUGUUUUCAAUUCGGGUUUCGAGUGUCAUGCCAAGUCGGCCAUUAUUCAAUAUCACUCUUCUUCUCUUUUUAAUUUGAAAAAAAAAGAGCGUUCUUCCGACUCACUGAUUUAAUAGUGUACGAUGCUUAAGUGCCAACCUUGGGAUAUGUGAAAUUUACGCACAACUCUAUGCAAAUAAUUUCGUUAUUUGCUCCUUAUUUUCCGAGAAUAGUGUGAAAAUUAGUAGGUAUACAUAAAGUCGAGACCAGUCUAUACUGAACAUAAGUAAUUAUAAAGUGUUUAACGCAUGGAAUCAUUUGUCUCGUUAUUGAAUUAAUGUUACAUUUGACCCUCAGAUCAAUGGCGUCAAUGUAGAGAACAGUACAGUUGACCGUGCCGUGGAUCUGAUUCAAUCCAGAAAGAAGAAACUCCUUCUUCUCGUAGAGAAAAAGGCGCUGCAGCAAGUCGUGGUAUGUUCUUGUUUUAAUUGCUCGUUUCACGGGCGAUCUAGGACUAUUCACUUUUUUUGGGAGGGAGGGGGGGCCGUGGGGGAGGUACCUAGGUGGGACGGGCCAUAGAUCUUUGGCACACGAGACUUGUUAGUUCAGAUAUGGCUCUCCCCCUUUCAGAAUGUAAGGUUCAUCCAUCAGUGUAUCACUCACAACUAAACUCGCUCACUCUCAGUCACAACGGAGAGAGAAAAUGUUUGGGAGAAAAAAAACUCAAAUUUGGGGUGAAAAGUCGUUAAAAAUUUAUAACACCAUGGAUAUGUACAGAAUAUAAGUUUAUAGCUGAGUAGUAACAUCACAGGAUAUUUUCCUCAAAAAUCCAUAACUUUGAACGACUCCUGCUGUUAUUACUACAUAAUUCAUGGUCGGAGGCAGUGAGUAGCGAAAAUUUGAAUUACAAAUUAAAAGGAGGUGGUAUUGAGAAUAUCUCUGUUGAUGAAUUUUUCGCGAACUAAAACUAUUUUAUCAUUUUCUCGCAGAAAACUGUGCGCGAAGGAGCUGUAGACUCGCAGAGGGGCAAAGAAAAUUGUAUUGAGCUAUAUAAAGAUCCUGAAUACGGUAACGAGAACUCACAUUCUAGAUUCAACUGUCACGCUAGGCGCCUUUUUCCCAGCUUGUCAUCACUAACAUAACCUUGUUCUUGUAUUUUACAAAAAGAUCUGUUUCAAGGAAGAUGAAAUUUGGUGAAAAUCUUUUAAAACAUCAUUACUGUCACUCUUGUGUUUUCUCUCCUUUGCCGUCCUAAUGCGUCAGUUCACUUUGUUACGCCGGGUAUAAUGCCUUCUUUACCCUACGAUAUGAUAGAGCCCGGCCGUCCAAAGAGCGUGUCGGCUUGACACAGCAAACUAUAUUGUUUAUAUCUUCUGGCGUUAUAGUAGUUCACAUUAUUAUUAAUAUUGCUGUCAUUGCUUUAUUUUAUUGUCUCUUUUUAUGGCCUCAGGUCUCGGAUUCAACAUCCGGGGCGGUAGUGAUGCAAACUAUCUUCGUGGUCAUCCGGGAAUCUUUGUGACGUCAAUUAAACCCGGAAGUUCUGCUGACCGUGAUGGUCGGCUCAAGAUUGGAGAUAGACUUCUUGAGGUACAUACAACAUUGACAUCAAGGGUGCGUUCCUUUGAGAUGAUGCGGAUCAGGAUCUGUGAUCAAAUAAACCGAUGAAUCCACUCUGGACAAGGAUUCAUCGGUUCAUUUGAUCUACCAUGAUCCGAGUGAUCUCGGAUCAUUAAUCCUGAUCAGGAUCAUAGCAAAGAAACGCACCUAAAGACUGGUUUAGAGAAAAUCGAAAUCAGUACUUUGCGAGUUCAUAAUUUUCCAAAUCUACUGUUACCUAUUGCCUGUCAACUAAGGGGCCAAAAGCAAGUGCAAGCAUAGUGAUAUACACAGGGGCUAAACAUCCCGCAUUCUAACAUGGCGGACGGAGUUCUUCAGCUUGGGUUUACGUGGUCUCGGUUUACACUUGUAAACAGCGUAUGCGUCGACGGCAGGAAGAGGAAUUGUCCAUUUCUUGCUUCGUCAUCAUUUGUUCUUGCGUUUGGUUUACUCGUAUGAGCUAGCUCUAACCCUUCAGGGAAUUUUACAUCCCAGGGAAAUAGAUCUAAUGUGGGUUUCCACUGUCGCGAAAUUUCUCCCUGCGUACGUACGCGAGUCAAUUUUACGCCCUUGAAUGAAACAGAGACAAUGUAUGGAAGAUAAUGCGUAUACGUAAAAGUUAAAACUCGCUCAACUUUUACGUUUACUCUUGGCUUUUCAUACAUUGCAUCUGUUUCAUUUACGCACGUAACGUUUACGUGCGUUUGCACGGAAGAAUUACGCAACAGUGGAAAUUAACUCUAAUACACCUUAUUCCAAAAUGGUAAGAAUAAAAAAACGUGUAAUGUAAUUUGUUUACCCACGGAGCACGUGUCCGUGCGUUCCAGAUAGAAUCGGAAUUUGGAAAUGUUGGUUUUUAAGGAGAUGGAAAAAACGGAGUACCCGGAAAAAAGCCUCUCGGAGCAAGGAAGAAAACCAACAACAAACUCAACCCACAUAUGUCUUCGACGCCAAGAUUCCAACCCGGGCCACAUUGGUAGGAGGCGAGUGCUCUGACGCUCUCACCAAUGCGCCAGCGUUGUCCCCCAUUAUGGUAGCAAUACUACAUGUUUUAUAUUUUUGUUUGUUUUUUUGUUUGUUUUUUUCGUGUCUUUAUUUUCGUGUUUUGCCCUCUUGGAUCAUCGAUUGUAUGCAAAGAGUUCAAAUUAAGUUUCAUCGUGAAACGAGACAUUGAGAGUCAAAAGAAAAACUAAAUUUUCUGAUCACUUUUAAUGUUCUUGCUUUACCCCUUAACUAAAGGCCCUCUUCUGUUAAUUUUCCCGUCAGAUAAACGGCGUCGAUGUGCGCUCCGUUCCUCAAGACGCAGCCGUUCAGCUUGUCCAGCGGUCUGUUGAAAAGGUGACAUUGAUGAUUGAAAAAGACGCCGAACAACUUUUCAAAAAUUCAGAAUUUUAUAGUCUGGUAAGGAUGAAAAAAAAAAUGCGAUAAAAAUUGUUUGAAUAAUUCUUUUUUCGGUAACGAAUUUUAUGACCUUUAUUUCAGAGUGAUUUCGACGAGGUUGAUAUGAGUGGAGAAGCUGGCUGCUUCUUCAGAGAUCAGAAAAGAAGAAUUGGUAAGCAAGACGACAGCCUUUGCUAUUUUAAUGCUUAAUUUUGUGAAAAAAAGAGGAAAUCGCGUUUCAUUGAAUUAUAAUAAUAAAAAAAAUGAGUAGGAGAAAGGCCAACGACGGCGCGCCACUGCAAACGCUGGGUGUUCAGAAUAUUAAUAAUUUUGCGUGCCACUAUUUUGUUCUAGACUUUGUGCUAGUUUACGAAGAAAACAAUGACGAAGAGACACCUAAGGAGAUAUUACGAUUCCGAAGGAAAUACAUGAACAACCUACAAAAAUCCCAACUGGAGUUUGAAGAGGUUAGUUCCUUAAAGAACAUGUCAUAAAGAAAAUAAGUUAUGAUUUUCUGCAUAUCGCGAAAAUAUUACAACGGAAACGCCAGAUUGGGCCAACCCGAUUGUCCUGGGUUUGAGGUUUUUGACUUAAGUUAAAAUGCAUUGUUCCGUAUUUAAAGUCGGUAGCUCGAACUAGUCUUCUUCUGACGCACAAGCUUGGGGCCGUUGAUUUAUAAGUUUAUAAGGUUUAACGCCACCGUUUGUGUUUCAUUUCUGAUUAAGUUGUUUUUGCCUUUUCAGGAAAAAUCAGCCACGAAGAACGGAACCCUACAUUUCAUCAAAGUCCAUGUUCCAUGGGAAGUGAUGCUUUUCUAUGCAGAAGAGUUGAAUUUCAAAGGACCACUUAAGGUAAUCUAACAAGUACAAUGUAAUACAAUUAUGAAUUCAAAGUUGUAGUGUCAAGUAAGUAGCUAGUUUCCACUCCUUCAAUUAUCCUUCGUCAUAACAAUACAGAUCUUGAUUACAAUUAUCUUUUUUGUAAGUAAUUAGCCCUCAGUGUAUCAUAUAACUAAAAGGGUUGAACAUUUUUCCAAGUAACGGGGAUGACUAGUGAUUAAAGUGGGGAGACUGUGGAGCUAUUCUCUUAGUAGGUCAUUAUUUGCUUUAGAAAAGUGAGGGAGCUAACGCCCUCUCCCCCACUUCUACAUAACGAAGUGGUCGGUAUAACAAACGAUUCUCGUUACAUAAGUAAAAGAAAAAUAUAAUUUAUGAAAAAGGACCUGGAUAUAACGAAACUUGUUAUUGCGAACAAAUUUUGCCAGCCCCUUGGGACCUUCGUUAUGGUCAAGGUUCCACAGUAACUAGUCAUUUGGCCUUGCGAGAAUUUAACGAUUUGCAACUGCUGUUUUGAUAUUUUUAGGAAAGGACGGAGGAAAGGAUAAACUGGUCUGAGAGGAUAAUGAAAAAAUUCCAUAUCCCAAAUAUAUUCAAAGAUGACGUUCCCAACCAGCCACCGGAUUAUUUCACCGCUACAUUCCAGGCAAACAAGUUACACAAGUAAGAACAAAACUUCUUUUUCUAGUUAUGAUCGGCCAGCCAAUCAUCAAUGAAAAAUGUCUGUCUUAACAAAUUUUAUGCCUAUCUCUAGGUUUGUUGGUAGUGAUAAUCCAGAAACUUACUUCAAAGAUACUGAACGAACUCGAGUGGUAAGGAUAUUAGUAAGCCUUGAUAAUUAAACUCUUCCCUCGUGCCUCCGUCACUAUCUUGAUCAUCAACAACAUAAUAAUAAUCAUCAACAUCAUCAUCGUCAUCAUUAUAAUUAAAGAUACCGUAUUUCCUUGAAUAACAGCCGUCCUUCGAUUAAUCGCCUCUCUCGAAUAAUCACCCCCCUUUGAUAGAAAUAUUUGAAAUAAUCGUCUCCCUCGAAUAAUCGCCCCCCCCCUACCCCUCUCGCCAUCUUCUCUUUUUUUUAUCCCCUCCCUGUCCAGUUGAAGAGGUAUCUGAUCCAGCAAAACCGAUCAGUGACGAUUCUAGCUCUGAAUAUUAGGUGAAGGAACCAAAUUUGGAAUAAUUAAAAAAAAAACAUGUUCAGUUUAUUUGAUGCGAUAAUUUUUUGAUUUAAUGGGAUAAGAAAACAAAAUAUUUAGGGCACGACUUCCAGUGAGCAACAUUUGAAAUAAUUGCCUCCCUCGAAUAAUCGCUCAGUUUGGAUGCGAAAAAAGAAAUAAUCGCCCUCGGCCUACUAUUCGAGGAAAUACGGUAUCAAUAUUGAUGUUUUGAAACUCACGACUGAAGCUUAAGUCAAAUGAAAACAACGCUCAGGUUUCUAGACUACUCUGCCUCAGGCCACUUCUCUAACCACGUAACCCAGAUAUCACUCUUGUAUUUUUGUUUGAAAUGUUUGGAAGAUUUGGGCACUGACAGAUUAGAUACUACUAAUACAGUGCCUUACCUCAACCACACAUAUCACCUUCCUCCUUCGGCAUGUCGCCGCUCUUCUUGGCACUGCCGACAUCUUCCCCGAGUAUCGCGUCUUAUGGAAUUUUGCCCCCAUCUUUGUAACCCAUAACUGUUUCUGCUAUGAUCAUAUAUUAAAUCAUAUUUUGAUGACGAUUUGACCAUCACGACUCUUCUGCAGGCAAACGAGAUCCUGGAAACAGCCGUAUAUGGAAGCAGAAAUAAAGGAGAAAUAGGUAAUUGCAUGAACCGUUGGAUUCAUUCAGUUAUUAACAACACCCCGUAAACCACUGAGAUAAACCACGCCGAUAUCAGAGGCACCCAACGAGGAUAUAGUUCAAAACCACUUAACAUAGCAUUGUUGAACGUAUUUUAGUAUUCAAACGGUAGAUAUAGGCAUAUUUUUAUCCCCUAAAAACUUUUCAUCUGUUCGGAUUUCCUAGCUGAAAGUCUAGUGAUCCGAAAAUUAUAGGGAUAAAAACUUACCUUCUCGAAAAUUACAGCCAGGAAAAGGCUCCCGAAAAUUUUAGGUGGCCUUUUUUAGGGUCAAAAUACGUUAAAAAUGGGUAAUUAUACCAUUUUGUGUAUGUUCGAAAAUCCUAGGAGAGGCAGGCAAGCAAGAAAUUUUACAACAAAUGCUCCGAAAAUUCUAGAUCUCAAAUCGUCUUCCGAACAGAUAUUUUCCCGAAAAUUGCCGUUGGGUGCCCCUGCGAUAUUACUGAUAAAGGAUUAACCUGUUAGUGAGGUUCUCUCAUGUGAUUAUUCAGUCUCUGAUAAGAAAGAACCUAACAUCGGUUACCUUAAUUUCAGCCUCCAGGUUUGCUUAAAAAAAUUAGUUAUAAAACAUGAAUUUAAACGAGUUUUUACUCCACGACUUCCAUCUUUGACGCCGAGCAACAUUCGAGAAAAACGCGACAUGCAUGUUAUUCAAGGAUUCAAAUUCACGUUCCUACAUAGAACACAGCAAAGUUGGUGUGGUAGCUUGGGCGUGCUUUCUUUUCGCGAAUAGUGUUGGUUGUGAGUUAUAACAAAAGUUCAUAUAGAGCAGUUAGGCAAUGUUUUUAUUUUGUUCUUUCUAGGAAUCAGCAGAUUAGUAGAAGAAGGAGUCUAUUGUGCAGCAUAUCCUCUUCAUGUGGUGAGCUUUUAUAAUUAUGAACUUUUACUAAGAGAAAAGCUGAGCCUAUUUUGGUUGAACAAAAGGAACUACACUCAGUUGUCGGACAGUGAUGGUGAAUCGGCCAUUGAGCAAGCCUCGGUUUCAAAGCGAGACUACGUAUUGCAGUUAGCCUCGUUUUGAAAGUUAGAAUUUUUGGAACUCGGAAAUGGUCUUUUCAAAAGCAAUUUCUUGCUCCUGCGGUUGUUCAAAGAAUGAAAUUUUUUCAGUAUAUCUUUCAAACAAUUUUCUGAAAUCAUAUUUUUCUCAGGGUCCUGCCGAACUACCGUCAGACUGGAACAAAAACCCUCAUGGACCAGAAGAAGACAGAUUGAACCAAAGACAGGCAAGUUGUAGAAAAAUUAGCCCAACAACUACCUUCCUGCUUCCUUCUAAGUUUCAUGUAAAGCAUGACAUGUGAGAAGCCAAUGCGCAAUGUCAAAGAGAUUUUUCGUAACCACUGAUCGCCCAUGAUAACCGGAAAAAAGCGGAAAAGGACAGGGAAGAGGGAACCUGGGCGAGUAGGGUGUGGGAGGGGUACCAUAGUAAAAAUUAGACUGUGACUCGUGGUUGGUGGUUUCAUCUUAGUUUAAACCUUUUGUUUUCAUUGUUAUGAUUAAAUUAUUAGGAGUUAUUUACCCUCGGGAGUAUUUGUAGCACUAAUGCUAGUGGGGUCGAACAAACAACUGAAACAAAUCAAUUAAAUCAAACAUAAAGGAGUUAAGAAUCCCAACUCGCCGGAGGCGAACCAGUUGGCUAUUUACAAACUUUAUCGAGGAGUCGAACUUGGGACGCCGAGAACCAAUCCAGCUAGUGGUCAGGGCGGGACUUGAACUAGGAGCCUCCGAAUUACAAGUCCGGCGUUCUAAUCGCUCGGCCACGCUGCCCGAAUCCGAUCGAAAAGAGUUAAGGCAAUGCAACAUAUCCAUUGUCGAUUCGGCUCUUAAAAAUAUCGUUGAAAAGUUUCAACGGCAAAAAAAAGCUAAAUGCAUAAAAAUCUAAAUACUUGUAGAGCGCUUUCCAUUUGUCCGGCAGAACUGGCCAGCCAUACUAUUCCCUUCGUAAUGCAAAUGUCACUUUUUACAAAACCUGUCCGGCCAGAUCAGUCAAUUCCUGAGAAAAAUGUACGAGUUUGAUGGAUUUUUAACCGAAACUCUUAUAUUAAGCCUAUUUCAUUUUCAAAAUGAUUCAUGCAUCCAACCGGCCAGCUCCGACUUUUGCAAAACUCUCUUAAGCCCCGUGCAAACGGACGCAACAUUGUUGACCAACAAGUCCCAAAAUUUUGGUGUGUUACAUGUUACGUCCAUUUGCACACCUUGUUUCAUAUUGUUGUGUGUUGUUGUGAGAUGUUGUGCAAAGUCUGAAACCGGUCAAACUGUAAGCUACGUGCAUAAGGAUGCAGCAACUCCCAACAUUGUUGGCCAACAAUGUUGCGUCCGUUUGCACUGGGCUUUAAGUAACAGCUUUUAAUCCUUGAGCGCCCGAUGAACUAUACCCAGUUCUUUAAAAUGCGCUAAGGCUCUCUUGUAUCUCUGCCACAUUUUUAUUAUAGACUUUGAUAGUUGAGUUUUGGCUAAAUAACAAUUAAUGAAUCUUAAUUUUCGUCUUUUUCUAUACGCCAUCAGGUCCUCAAAGAAUACUGGGCUCGUUGGGGGAAGUGGCUCAAAUACCAGCCUCUGGAUCACGUCAGGGAAUACUUUGGAGAGAAGAUUGGAAUCUAUUUUGGUUGGCUAGGUACGUGGUGUCGAUAGAUAGGAUUUACCUUAGCAUGAUAGCGCAACCAAAACGGAUACUUUAGGUACAGACACCUAAUAUUGAUUUCUUUGUGUCUGUGUUAAAUUUACCCCCUACCAUUUGAAGUAUUUUUUAGAAUCCUGUUAUCUUCUACGUGGACUAUUUGUAUUAAACAUUGCCUGUAAACUAGCCUGUUCCAGAUCCCAAGAUAGUGGGUAGAGCGGAUCGAGAAAAGUUGCGCUAAAACCACGUGAGGGUUGGGGAAAUAUGAAAUGGUGAAGAGUGUAAGGAUUGUUUUCAAUACCUCAUUCCGGUAUACCAGCUCCUGGUAUACCUUAUGAUUGGUCAAUUGGGACAGUUUAAUUCAAACACUUACGUCAGUUAUUUGGCUUCGCCCUCGCAGAGUCUAUUAAGCAUGUUGAGCCAGUGUGAAACCCUCCAACACCGCACUCUUUGACGUAGGGACUUUAAGAUCCAACGACGCGGACGGAAAUGAGAACGUCAUAAAACCAAAACCAUCGGUGUAAUAAGCAAAACAACAACUUCGCACGUGCAUCACGGUUUUUUGUACACUUCUUUCCUCUUUUUGUACCACUACGACGUGAAAAUGCCUAAUUUUGCGUUUUAUGAAGGACCUAUACAAGCAAAGACGAAAUUUUAUUUCUCUUUCUGAUCUUGGCUAUGGUCCCUUGAAAUUCAGAUUCAGAAGGGUUGGCCCACAUUUGACAAAGUAAGUGGGUAGGAAUAAUCGCUAUAAAGACUGAAAGAACGCAAAUUCACUUUUUAAGCAACGUUCUCGUUGCCGUCUUAAAGUCCCUAUUGUGAUACGAGAAACAGUUUCUCAGGAAGUAAGCAGGGUAGUAGGUGAUUUGUAGUAUUUAAAAAGAUGUUUACAGGCUCUCCCCUUCUCUCCUCAAUUCCCGUCGUUUUCCGCUUGUUCGCUUUUUCACUGCUCGCUUAAUCGCUUUUUCCGCUCGACCGAGAGCCUGGAAAAGGCCAGCUGUGAACGAACGGCACUUUAUCAGCUUAUUGCAUUUCGAUUCAGCUUUUACCUUUUUGCAUCAUACAAGGUCUCCCGCCCACAUAUAAAUACUCUGAUUACUAAUUGCUUCUUUUUGUCGGAUAAUCCCUAGGACAAUACACUGCCUGGUUAAUAAUGCCGUCUAUUGUUGGACUCCUUGUUUUCCUUUAUGGUUACCUGACCUUAGAUUCAGAAGAGAAUACAGCGUGAGUAUCAAAUUUUUGGAUCAGUUUAAGUUUCUGGGAAACUGACCACCUACCCCUCCCCUAAGCCAACAUUUUGCCCUAAGUGAGAAGUAAGUAUUAAUGUUAGCCUAGGGGAGGGGUAGGUAGUCAGUUUCUCAGAAACCUACAUUGAUCCAAAUUUUUUGUCCCUUUUACAAACCAGGUACUGAUCCUUUUGGCGCGCCAGGUUUUCUUACAUUUCAUUGACAAACGUUUCCAUAAUAUAAAAAAAAGUUGGCUCGGCAAGAAGGAUGAUCCUUGGUCAGAAUCAACUUUGUAUUAUGUUUACGUCCAACCUUAAUUUCUAGAUUAAGGCGGAUCGUGACAUUGCACUUUUUUGAUCUUAGUUUUUUGUUGCGCAAUUACAAUAACAUUUCUACGCAGGCAAUAUGGAGGUUGACUUAAGCGAUCUUCAUUCCAAUUAAUAUAGCGCAUAUAAAAAUUGAACUAUUUAAGGAGAUUAAAAUGCUUUAUUUACCAGGCUGGAGAUCUGCAGCUCAAAAAAUUGGACUUUCGUCAUGUGUCCGCUUUGCGAGGAAAACUUGGGAUGCAAAGUUUGGGACCUGAAAACAAGUUGUAGCCGAGCUAGAGUGAGUAUCGUAUAAGCACAGCUGUAAAGGCAACAUUGGGUGGGUUCUACUCUCUGUUGCUGUCGCUAUUUCUUUUAGUGUGUUUUCAUAGAUCAUUUCAUUUCUUCGCGAGUGGCGAUCCCAAAUUACAAGUUUAAGGCUCGGAAAAGCUGUUUCUUGCGGGAAACGUCUCACUGUACCACUAAAUUUCAUUUAUACUACCAAAUGAAUUAUCUUACAUUCUCGUGAAAAAAAUUGAGAGGGCAGAGAGAACGCCUUGACAUGAGUUUUGUAUCGAACCACGUGACCCGAAGACCGCAUGGAAAAAUGAGGCCGAGGGACUAGGCAUGAACUUAACAUCUCAGCUCACUGAAGGUCGAGGACGGGGGAAUAAACUGAGAAGCUAACAAUAAUAAACAAGCUGUUGCCUUAGAAAUUUCUCUGUGGUGACUCGACGGGCUAAAUUAAGAUAGAUAUACGAAAAAUUUUAUAAUCGUUGCGUCGGCCACGUAAAUUAUCAUCAACCAAUAAUUCUAUAGCUAACAUUUGACAUUUUUCGGCAGACAAGGACAGAGAACAAAAUUUACCUAAGACGCUUCUUUUUUCUCUCAAUUAACUUUUUCCUUUUUAUUUUAAUUACUACUAUAUUACCUCGUAAUGUUUUCCUCUGACUUACAAGUUUCAAGCAAAUCACCGCACUCUACCAUUCAGCUUGUUGGGUGAUGGCAAAGAGGAAAUGUUUCGUUUGUUUUUCUGGCUUUCUGCUAAUAGUUUGUCAUCUUUUUCAGACAUCGUAUUUAUUUGACAAUCCAGCUACUGUCGGUUAUGCUGUGUUUGUGUCUUUUUGGGGUAGGUGCAUCAACGAAUUCAUUUGGUCAGUACAGUCUCUUUAUAAUUUUCUCAUAACCAGGUUAGGUUGCUGGAUACGCUUGUUGUUUGAAUACAAACGUUUAUUCUGUCGCGUGCUUUGUCAACAGCCGUGUUUUUCCUUGAGUACUGGAAAAGAAAAGAAAUAACUCUCGCUUAUCAGUGGGAUGUACUUGGUUUCGAAGAAGAAGAGGUGAGAGCUUUAAAUGGCUUUAGCUACAUUAAAGUGAGGUGGGCAACAGGACAAAGCUUGAAUUUAACAGCAAAGUGCUGCCUUGAGAUCAACUAGUGAUGAUCACUGCUAGACAUAAUCACCUACAGAUAUUUUGGCUUUGUGUUUUUGUGCACAUACAGUUCAUCGCUCAGAUUUGUAUCAGGUUUCUUAAGGUUAGAACAUAAAUUGGCGGGUUUAUGGCUUAAAGGAGUCUCUAGAAAUGAUAGCGGAGCUUUCGCGCGCGGUGAAAAAUUUGGUUAACUAUGCAUCCAAGAAAUUUUGGUUGUGGUAAAAUUGUCCGUCCCUACGUCCGUCCGUCCGUCCGUCCGUCCGCACAGUAGCAAGUACGCACACACGUCCCCUCUGUUCAUGUAACCGAAGGUGAAAUGUGACACUUACUUGCUUGGAGGGAUUUAAAAACUGUGUUAAACUUGAUACUGGACAGUCAUGUUAUGGUCAUGCAAUUGACAUCUGUCAAAAGGGUUUCCGCUGACCAGUGUCACAUGACUGUUUCGCGUGCUUAGUUGUACAACUCAUUUAGAUGACGUGUUUUAAUUUUAAGUUCUGCGUUGUCCAGUCAGAUUUUCAAUUGAUCGUAGGCUACGGUCCAUUUACCUAGGAGGAAUUCAGUUUACUUCUUGCUUAAGGCAAAAGUUGAAUUACUGCAGAAAGACAUUUCUUUAAAAAAUCCAACGAGAGCUUCGCUUUUUGCCUUGGCUAAAUCUAUACAUGAGUACUUUGGUGACUUGUGUUACGCCUCCUACUCCUGAUAACGAUAGCAACGCUCUUGCCGAAAUCAAAGCACAGCUAACUAAGGUAAAUGUAACAUUCCUGAUUUUCUGUUUUCCUUUCAGGAAAGACCCCGACCCACCUUUGCGGCAUUAGCGCCAGCCGUAGAGCGGAACCCUGUUACGGGUUUACUGGAGCCACAUUUUCCACCAGAAAAGCGAUUUCCAAGGAUGGUUUCAGGAAUUGCCAUAAUUGGGCUCAUGGUACAGUAUUUUUUUACCUUUUUCUUCACUUUGUCCUUUUUUUCUGGUAAAGGUUACACUGUUGAGCAUAUAUUUCUCAAGACUUGAGAUCGAAAACUGAUUGAGUACGGCUUUUUCAAAUUUCCAGACAGUUAUCUUUCAGGAAAAUCUCAUUCUUCAGUUCGCAGUCUUCAAAAACUCUUUCCCAAACCCAAUUGUUUUCCCGUGCCAAUUAACCUUAACAAGAUAUCCAGCUCUACAAUUCAAUCAAGAGGGGUUCGGGCUUUCAACAGCAUUCAUGCAUUUAUAAUUUGAUGCUAACAUAAACCAGUUUUGAGUUAUCAAAAUUCAUGCCUGACUCCGUGGCUGAGUGGAAUAACACAACAAAAAUAUAUUAUUAAUCUAUGAAUCUCAAUCUGAUCCCUAUCCUCGGAGACCGAGGGGCAGUCAAUAGCUCGUUUUCAGUCACGUGGUAAGCAGCUUUGCAAAUUGCUUGGAAUAAAAAAAGUUUUUACAUGUGAAAAGAGUUCAAUUCCCACAGGAUUUUUUUGUACAGAAACAUGGCCGCCGAGUCAUUGUUUUGUACACAAAUAUGGCCACCGUGACGUGUUGUGAAAACGAUCUAUCGGGUCGGGUUAGGGUUAGGGUUAAGAAACGGAUUUUCCGACCCGAAUGACCUGACCCCUGGGUCUCCAAGCAUGCUCAGUCCUUUAGCCUCGGUGCUAAGUAUGAAUUUGAAUCAUUCCAAUCUGGCCUAUUGAUCAUUCUUGUCCUGGGAUACCUGUGAUCUUUGCAUCUCUUGUAUUUUUUAGGUAUCCCUUGUGGUGCUGUUCAUGGUGGGAGUCAUUGUUUACAAACUGUUAGUUAUUCAUCCUUUAUACAAGAACCCACAAUUUCAACAGUAUGCUGCCAACAUUGUGUCUAUUACGGGAUCAAUCAUGAAUCUUAUCAUUAUUAUGAUUCUAAGCAAGGUAUGAGUAGUUUGCGUUACACACGAACUUUACUUUAGCAAAUUCAUGAUUCAAUAAUGUUAAUUUAUAAAUGGUAUUUGCGAUGAGUUAAGUGCAGUUUAGUCUCAAAUCGUAUGCGUGAUUUCAGAAUUGAGUUCGAGCAAAAUUGCACUAUAACAAGUUCAUUUCCCACUUUUGCGCUCAGUGCAAUAGUCAGCAGCAAUAUUUAUUGUAUUGAUCCAGUAAUCGUUUGUAGAAAUCCUUUUACAUUUAAUUUUGCAUACAAACAGAAAUGAUAUGCUUUAGAGCGCAACAUGGUGCAAUGGUUCAAAAUAAUGCGAUUUAGAAAGAAAUAGAUGUGAUUAAGAACAGAAGUGAUGAGGUUAGAACAAAACUGAUGAAAUGUUGCACAUUGAAAGAUAUCCGUUUUUACGCUGGGCUUUGGUCUGUUCAGUUAUUAAUCUCCAAGCAGAGAGGAUAAUGAUGUCUAUCUGUUUAGUAAGAACAUUAGAGGGAUGACCUAAUUGAGAACUUUUGGCUUUCUUUCUUCAAGGUGUAUGAAAAACUGGCUUAUGUGCUAAACCAUUGGGGUGAGUUAAUACCUAUGAACCAUAACUGAGAACUUUUUAUCGGUGUAGUUUGUUUUAUUUAAUGUCCCACAUUGCACUCAUUAUCUUUUUUUCUCAUUGGAAAUCAGCGCACAUUACAGACUAUUGAGAUUCAUCUCCUUGCAGAUAAUUGAAUUAUCUGCAGCAGGUUGCCCGGCGAAAAACAUGAUUUCUAACAGCAACAUACUAACGUACUACAUACCAACCUGUGUUCCGUGCGUUGGUCCUUACUUUCUUUUCAAUAAAAUAAAAAAAUUAUUAGAUUCAUAAUCAAAGUAGGUCUUGGUAAGUGUUUUCAGCCGAGCCGGAAGGUUGAGGCAAAUAACCGAACCCAGAAAACUCUUACCUCGACCUCGAUUCACGGGAUGUAGCAAAGAUCUUAACCAUUUAUUGUUUAGUGUCAUUACUAAGUUCACUGACCAAAUUCAAGAUGAAGGAAAAUCGGAUUCAAGGAGCUUCUUCUUGGACAAAUAGUAUCACUUUUAUAGCACUAAUCUUUAGUAUAUAAUUACUUUUUAAUUACAGAAAUGCAUCGAACACAAACGGAAUACGAGGACAACUUGACGUUCAAAGUAUUCGUGUUUCAGUUUAUGAAUUUCUUUGCGUCAAUCUUCUAUAUCGCCUUCUUCAAGGGAAAGUAAGCUGAAUGCUGACUGUUGUCUUAUUCUGCAACUAACCUUAUUGUUAUAAGAUGAGAAAAACAUCCAUCCUUGAAGGCCAAUAACAGCAUUUUGUUCGGGGGGAGGGGUGGGGGAGAGGGAUGUUGUCCACGAGAUUACGCAAAAUAAAGCAAAAAUGCUUUGAUCUGAUUGGCUACUAGCCUCCCACGCAGUCCUUCUUAGGCGGUCGUCACGCAAUCAUUCCAGGGGGAGGAAAGAUUACGUGACGAACGCAUAAGGACGUCUGCGUGGGAGGCUAAUUGGCUACUAGAGCGUGCAGACUCUUCCAGCCGCUAGAAAUUGACCGCUUGCAUGCACCUUACUUAAAGAAAAAAAAUUAAGUGUUCUAUUUAUCGUCUGGUAGAAAAGUCUCUUACUGACCAAGCUUUUUCUAUCGGGACAAAGUGACAUUGUUUCAUAUUUUAAAGGAAGUUGGUUUCACGCUUGAUCAAUCACAACUGAUAUACGAAUGGCUAUUAAAUGAAUACAAAUCUCGAAACAAAAAUAAUGACUGUCAAAAAUUAGUUCCCUUGUGUAACUCAUAUCUUAUGUUAACUUCCUUAUUUUUCUCACGCAGGUUUACCGGGUAUCCAGGCCAUUAUUCCAAGUUUCUUGGUCUCAGAUCAGAGGAGGUAAGCCAAUCGGCGAUCAGUGAUGAUUAGUAAGAAACAGUAAACUCGCGUUAUAGAUCAUUUUCGCAUGACGUCACAUCCACCAUGUUGCUGUCCCAAAUCAUUCCUUUGGGAGUUGAACUCUUUUCUUCGAAAAAAAAUUCCUUUUGUUUCAAUAAGUUUGCAUAGCUGCUCUCUGGCGACGUGAGUGUAAAGGCUCUAUAAAGGUUGAUGGACACAGGAGGUUAGCAAUUACUAAAAUAACAUAAGAGUAAACUCUUCCCUGCUAGCAAAGGUCUCUCAUGGCGAGAGAAAAAUGAUAGGAAAGAUACAGACCUCUGCCGGCAUCCGAUGCGUUUUCUAUCACGCAUGUACUGGCGUUUCCUUAACAACCAGUGACGUUUAGUCACGUUCGACACAGCUUCAGAACCGGUUUGUGCGAUAACAACUGUGGGUUCAGAAAUCCCAGCGGGCAGUCUUAACAGGGCACGCGCUUUCCUCAUUAAACGAAACCGGUUUUGAAAACCAGAAGUUUCGACCACACAUGUGGUCGGCGGCUACGUGCAUGAAAGAACGCGUCGGGGGACGGUGUCAUAAUAAUAAUGAUAAUAAUAAUAAUAAUAAUAAUAAUAAUAAUAAUAAUAAUAAUAAUAAGUAAUAAUAAUAAUAAUAAUAAUGAACUUUAUUAAAGUCUCAUAUCUUAUAGCUCAGGCACAGUGCCUUACUAAUUAGGAAGACUGCAUAGGUCUCUCUCUUUCCUCUCCUUCCUCUCUGGCCGUGAUCUGGCCGCGAGAGACCUUUGCUAGCAGGGAAGAGUCAACUCUACCAACUCUAAAUUUUAUGGUAGAUCAGCUCCCCAACUACCCCUCACAUAAACCAACAUUUUGCCCUAAGUGAGCAGUUGACCAGCACAGUUUCAAUGUGGCUCUCUGACUGGUCCGUUUUGCUUCGCUGAGAUCGAUGCGGCGUGAACCUUGGAAAGUUGGAGGUCCUCUCUUAUCCUCACAGCAAUAGCUGCUGUCGAAAGGGGUUUCCUUAAANACCAACAUUUUGCCCUAAGUGAGCAGUUGACCAACACAGUUUCAAUGUGGCUCUCUGACUGGUCCGUUUUGCUUCGCUGAGAUCGAUGCGGCGUGAACCUUGGAAAGUUGGAGGUCCUCUCUUAUCCUCACAGCAAUAGCUGCUGUCGAAAGGGGUUUCCUUAAAAUCAACUUUACUUCAUACAUCAGGGCACAUAACACCGUUACGCGCAAACAUAGUCAGCCGAAGAAGAGCGGCCCAAAACUGGACUGACUAUAGGGUACAUCACUGUUUUCAAACAUUGUUUUUGUUAUUCAAACUUGUGUCGAAAGAAACAAAAGGAAUGUUUUGUUAUAAGAACUUAUGCGCUUCUGCUAGCGCUUGGCACAUUAAUAUCAAUAGGUGACGUCAGCGUGAGUAUAGCCAUUAAAUGAAAUAGUCAAUAACGCAUACAAUUAUGUGACAUAAUUUUCUGAAAAAAGCUCUAUUGAUCUCGCUAAGUAGCCAAUGAGAGAGCCGCAUUGGAUUAGUACUGGGCUGCCCUGAGUGGCAGCCUGGUAGUGUUAACGUUGAGUCAAGGGUGAAGUAGGUUGAUAGCUUCCCAGAAUCUUGUUGUGAUUCCGAUAAGGUCAUCAUCGAAAGCAGCCGCUGUUAGGUCACAAUUCUUUUUGUUUGUUUAUUUGUUCUACAGUGCAGCCCCGGCGGUUGUCUCAUGGAGCUCGCCCAGCAGCUCGCCAUUAUAAUGAUUGGCAAACAAGUCAUUGGCAACGUGCAAGAAGUUCUUGUGCCGUAAGUCACCGUUUACCACGUUAUAAACGAGCAUAGGACAGGGAUCGAUCAUUUAAAACAAAAUGAAUCUAAAUAUGAAGAACGCAAUUGAAAAUAACAUACAAGGAGGGAUCGACGGCUUGUGUGUUCAAAAUAUCGUGAAAACUCAAGUCACUGUCCAGACAUUAAGUAAUGAUCCGGAUAAAACAGGAAACAAUUUCUUCUAUUAUGGCGCAAUACUCUUUCCUCACAUAAAAUCUUUUCAUUUUCACACAAAGAAUACAUAAACCUACAAAAAGACAGUUAACAAAAUAUGCUGUAUUUAAACUCCAUUUUUAAAGGGUGCUUUUUGUGUUAAAAGAUGCCGAUCAAUCAUAAGAGUCACAAAACAAUAGCCAAGAAAAGUUUACAAUUUUACAUGUUCUUCACAUAGGAUUUCUGUGUUACUUAGACUCAGACGAGAUUUUGUUAUAAAGAAGUUGGUUAGAAAACGAGGGAUUAAGGGGACAAGGGGUGUUUAAACAAAUCAGAGGUGUAGUAGAGACUAUCGUUAAGUUAGCACUUUUUGCAUUCCGACGCUUGUUUCUUUAUAUCUUAUCUGAACCGCUACUUAACGGUUUAACUUUGUCUUGGAUAAAGCAGCAGGAAUUGAUCAUUUUGUAUAAACAGUGUCAAGUAAUAGUAGGUUUACUAAAUCUGAGUGUAACUGGUUCAAAGGCAAAGGCAUAGUGCGCUUUUCAAAAUCUGUAAUUUAAGAGAGUUUUAUAUGGUUUCAAUUUGAAGAAGAGACAUGACUGACUUAGCCUGCGAAUACAGCCGUUUCUCCUUGCCGCUCGCCGCCAGGAGGAGCGUCUGCGACUCAGCGACACAAAUUCCAUACUGAUGACGUAAAUCAAUGUUUACAUAAUAAAUCCGGUAGUCGUGGGGUUUUCGAUGUAAAUUUGUUUGAUUUUAUGUUUCUCUUGGUCGAUUAUGGUAAAGUUUUGUGAUCCUUUGCGAAAGAGUUCCAGCAAAACUCGAAAGAAGAAUUUCGAAAGAAGAAUAUAUUCUAAGAAUACUGACUGUUUUGUAAUAGAUUCAUCACGUUUACAUUUGAACUUUGUGGCCUUUUGUCUUUCGUCUGUCAUUCGUAAACAAUCGUUAAAACAAUAUAACUAAUACGUCGACCAAUCAGAUCUCCUGACCAGAUUCCAGACAGAUUUUAUAUCAUUAGUAUGGAAUUUCUGUCGUUGAGUCGCAGACGUUCCUCCUGGCGAAACGUCCUUAGCGACGAGGAGAAAGGAGAAACGGCUUUUAUUGCAGGAAUGUUCAUAAUUUUAAUUUUCGUUUUUUCAUUAUCUUUGUCUUUUAUAUAGUGAAAUAAAGAAGUACAUGAAGAAGAGAAAAAUGGGAAUGACUGGCAAUGAUGUCAAGCCGCGAUGGGAGCUCGAUUACGAUUUGCUGGAAAACGAAGGCUUGUUUGGAGAAUAUCUAGAAAUGGGUACGUUGCAUUUUAUGAGUCAGUAUACAAACCCCCUAAAGGGUUCAACAUUUGACCUCCCACCCCCAACAAGACCACGGUGAGUUUGUCAGUUGUCGAUUGGUUUAAGACAUAAUUUCUUGCUAUAUGGAAGUUUUUUUCAAGGAGUUAGUAUGUGCCAAACUGUGACAAAUGCUAAACACGAUACUUGAUCACGGGGUGGUUACUACAGACUUAAUGAAAAUCCAUGGCGGCCAGAAAGGGCGACUUAGUCAUUACAUGAUGGUACAGUUGUAUGCAGGUUACUAACUCAUUCUAAAAUUGCCAUUUUCGGUUCGGUUUAAUUAUUGAAAAGAGCGAAUGUAAGUAGCACCAAAGAUUGAAACUAAGACAGCUGCAAAAAAUUGGUCAUCGAAACGUCCCAUUUACAGUAACUUUCCUGGGUUUUACCCUUUCUCUACCAAACUUGGCCGGUAAAGGUGGAUAAUUUAGCCAAUCAAAUUUGUCUAUACGAUGACACCAAAUGACGUCAAUCAUACUAUAAAUAUCUUUUAAAGUUUUCAAUUUCUACUUUUUGGAUAAUUUUUUCGAAAGAACGUUUUAAGCGGAGUUUAAUGCUGAUCCAUUGUGACGUCAUGAGUCAACAUUUUGCUUUGAGAACAAAUCUUUAAAAUAUUGUCAACAAUAUUAUUAUAGUAGACUAUCUCGUAACUUUGCUAACGAAUAAUGAUGAUGAUAAUAAUAAUAAUAAUAAUAAUAAUAAUAAUAAUAAUAAUAAUAAUAAUAAAGUAAAAUUAGCCCGUAUCAAGAAAUGGUUUUUUGUACCGACCUAAAUUUGUCCAUCAAAAUCAAACAAUGGACCUUUUUCCAGGUGAAACGUGUCUAGACCAGGCCGAAGCUUUUCUGAAAAAACCGUUAACCUUCGGCGUCACAAACUUGCGUACAAGUGGGGGGGGGAGGGGGCGGGAAGGAGGGAGGGAGUGCUUAUUGAUCAGGUAAGAGUGAAAUUUCACUAGGGUACCGACGGAAAUGGUUGUACUUCAAGGAAAUCAUGUCGACGCACUUCUAUCAUUCAGGGGCAACCGCGAGUUAAAGCAACCUCUUUUCUUAUUCUUUGCAGUGAUUCAGUUCGGUUUCAUCACCAUCUUUGUAGCUGCAUUCCCCCUGGCUCCUUUCUUCGCCCUUGCUAACAACAUCUUUGAGAUCCGAAUCGACUCAGAUAAGAUGGUGUGCGACCUUAGGAGACCUGUGGCUCAUCGUGCACAGGACAUUGGAAUCUGGUUCGGUAUAUUAAGUGCAGUGGCAAAGAUUGCUGUCAUAAGUAACGUAAGUAUUAUCUGAGUAAGUAGUACUAUAUUAAUACAGAAAAUGCUUAGUUCUGUAUGCGAAAGCAGGGUCAUGGAAAACGGUCUCUCGUCUGAGACAUAGUUUGCGAAAUGAAAGAUUAUUUUUUUCCAAAAAAAAGGAUCAAGGCUCGAAGCUCUCGGCUGCACAACACCUCCCUCCCACACUAUAGACACGCAGCUUCACAGAAUUGGAAGACUAGCACUACGAGAUCCUUGAGACAGUGAAUUGUUAAAAGGAUACGCUGUUGUGAUAAAAUUAAUUAGUAAAACAUAUAUUUAAUCUUCGGUGUUUUUACAUUUGACAGGCGUUUCUUAUAGCUUUCACCUCGCAGUUUCUACCCAAGUUGCUCUACCGUGGGACGAUAUCGCCUGAUGGCUCUCUCAAAGGGUUCACUAACUUUUCACUCGCCUGGGCCCCACCAAACGCUACCUCGGAGCCUUGCAGGUACGGUGCAGUGACAAACGAAACGUUCAAUUUGCAGGUUCAAAAACCAUUAGCCUAGCAAAAAUGUCGCAAAAACUGAUGUGCAAAACUGAAGAGUAAAUGUGGGAGCUUGUGGGGCAAAGAUGGUAAAUGCGGCAUUCGCAUACCAAAAAACCACAGGGUUGUAACUUAGGACGCAAAUCUUUGCUAUCUUUACCCCGGAUUUACUCCUCAGUUUUUACGUUUUAGCCGAUAUAAUUAAGGUAAGUAUAAAGUAUAUGAAACGAGUGCUCAUAUAUAUGGAUGGUAUGAUUACGAAUAUUUUGAGGGGGGCCGGGGGCACCUCUUCGGUAAAAAGCGCUUUAUCAAAGAAAGAGUGUGCAUUAAGGGGAUGGAGUAUCUUCGUAUUAAAUAAACUGAUUGUCCCUCUUUUUUCUCUCUUUACAGAUUUAUAGACUUUCGAGAACCAGACGGUUCAUUGAGCAAAUUUUAUUGGCAUUUGUUGACUCUAAAACUUGCAUUUGUUAUCAUUUUUGAGGUGAGUAUAUCAGUUACUUCGUUACAGAUGCACGACACUUAACUUUCAAGAUUUACGUCGCCAGCUAAAUAUAGGAAAAUGCCUGAGCUUCAAGGCCUUUUUAAGAAUAAUGACCGUGUGUGCAGCGUGGUUAUUAUUUCUAAGGAGGCCGAGGAGCCGUCAAAUUUCACUGCAAUGCUUAUACCGAAGUAACCAUUUCUUGGCGCAGUAUGGUAGAGAUCUCAUGUAAAUAUCCACGGUACUUACGGUUGUUGAUGAAAAGAUUAACCAUACUUUCUCGACUUUUCAGCAUUUUAUAUUCUUUGUAUCCACCCUGAUUGACAUGCUGGUUCCCGAUAUUCCUGGAGGACUGGACACUAUCAUCAAACGCGAAUCCUAUCAGGCCAAACAGAUCAUGUCAGAUCAUCACGGACUGAUGGGAAGCUCACCAACGACAGAAGAUUUCUUGCUGGAGUUAGAAACGUGACAAGAGCGAAUACUACUGUUAUUAUCAUAGGAAGAGAUGUAGCUUAAAAUUUGCCAAAUGUCAAGGUUAAAUUAAUGAAACAUCAGUGGGAUUCUAAGAGUACCACUCGUACCUCAAAAAUAAUCAAAAUUAAUUAUUUAUGUACAAAGAAUACAUUCAAUCUUUAUUGAAACAGUUUACAAAACCUAUUCAGGGCCGUAGCUAGCAUAGCUAGUUAACGGGGCGGGGGGCGGGGGGACAUUAUCGCGCGCGAGUGCCGAAGGCAGGGGUUGUGGGGGUAUCUUCCCCCGGAACAUUUUCAAAUUUGGAGGCUCCUAAACGCUAUUUUCAGCACUUGUCAUGAGAUAUGUCUCCGAAAAAUCGACCUCGAAUAUGAAAAUGGCAAACAAUUGCAAGUCACUAUAACCACUCCAUCCACAGACUUGAUAUGUCUGGCUUAACAGGUCCGGGGGGAGGGGGCAGCUGCCCCCGCUAGCUACGGCUCUGCUAUUCCAGGCUAGUUAGUCGAAGUGAAUGACAAGGUUAACGAGUGGAAGAAAAAAAAAGCCGGGCGAAGAAUUGGAACGAAACGCAGGUCGCGUCAAUUCUCAAACAUUAAACACACUAAAAAAAAUUGUAAAUAUAUCGUGAAAUUUUCUAAAUAUCUCGGAAGUUCGGAGAAUAUCUCUAUAUCUCAGGAUAUUGAAUUGUAACGUGUUUUUUUUUUAACCAGAGCUGCGACUAAAGUGCUUGUUGUGACGGGGAAUGUGAUUGAUAUUGCCCCGAGUAUAAUAAACAGUGUUCUACUUUUUUAAAACUAGCAUCCAUUGUAAUUCUGGGAUACAUUACCGGAAAUUUUCAGCACUGGAUAGUUUGAUUGCGGGUUCGUUUGAAUAAAGGGAAAACACCAGAAAAAGUCCUAAAUAUUACAGAAAAUCGUAUAUUUAUUGUACCUUUCGAUUUUCUCAGUAUCUCACAAACUUCUAAGUACCUGAAAAUAUAUA